ACAAACAUACCCGCGAAAUGUAAACCAUAACCUAUUUUCAAGAUAUUUUGUAAUCAUUUUUGUUACAUAUAUAAUUUUAUUAUGAGAAUUAGAUUAAUAUGGAGAGUGUUUCCAUCGAAAACUUACAAUCUGAGCUGGAUUUCUAUAGGCAAAACCAGGCUGCCGUAGAGCAAGAGAUAAGAACAUUAAUAGCUGACAAUCAGAAGCUAUCGCAGCAGGUUGGUACACUGCUGAAGGAGAAGUUACAGUAUGCGCAAGAGAGCUACGAUAACAAACAAAGCCAUGAGUUAGAAGAUUUGAGCAGACAAGUUGCUUUUCUUACAAAGGAAAGAGAUUCUCUUCACGUCCUCUGGCAGACAUCUCAAAAGACAAUAGAAGCGUUGGAUACUGAACUAAAGACUUACCAACACUACGACAACAGAGUUGGGAAACUGAAUUUCAAAGAUGAAAAUCGGGAAUUAGAAUUAAAAUUAGAAACUGCUUUAUCCGAUUACGUUGAAUUAGAAACAAAUUAUAAGAAAAUAUCUGCAGAGUGCAAUAAUUAUGAAUCGGAAAUAAAACAUAAGGAAAGAGAACUUCUAGGUUUUAAAGAGAAAUGUAAAGAUUUUGAGAUUAAAGCAGAAGAAACAAAAAGAGCACUAGAAGAAUAUAAAAUUAAUUUAAUGGCAGAGAAGAAAACUAAUGAAGAUAUAAAGAAUCAACUAGCGAUGUGUCAAAGAGAUGCAAUUGAUAGAGUGAAGAAGGAAGCAGAAGCGAAAGCAAAGGUGGCAGAAGCACUUCAGUUGUUUGACCUUGUAACUGUUCAGAAAAAUGAAGCAUUGAAAAGCAUAUAUGAAAUGACACAGGAAGUGACAAAAUUAAAACUUGCCCUAGCGUCAGUAAAGCGUGAGACAGAAGAGAGUUUCAAAUCAGAACUUGAUGAUGUGAAAGAAAAGUACAACGAGAAAGUAACCGAUAUGCUUGAACACGUCAGGAAUUUGGAUUCAGAGCUCGUCGAAAAGGGACUUUUAUUGAACAAAGCUUUACGGGAAAUCAAAAUUCUACAAACGACUAAUGAGAACAUGAUAAAGCAACAAAGUGAGAAUUCCAAAUUCGUAGAUCCGAAGCUGGCGAUCGCUGAACAAAAACUUGAAACCAUGUUUCAGGAACUGUUAUGUUCAGAGCGGCGUAAUAUGCAACUUGUAUGCGAAAAGCAGACGUUAGCUUUGGACAUACAAAGAAUUCAGGAUACAUUUGCAAGAGAAACGAAACGGAGGGACUGGGAAGAGAAGUUAUUGAAAACUCAGUGCGAGGAAUUAAAAAUUCAAGUGGAGCAUCUCCAAAAAUCCCUAAACGAGACACAUGGAAUGAUAAAUAAACUCCAAAAUAUGAUGUCAUCAAGGACACAGCUAAGCCUAAAAAUGGUAUCAACUAAAGAAGAAGAACUAUUGGAAUUAAAUAAACAUUUAGAAAAUCAAAUGGAACUGAACAAGAAAUGGAAGGAAUCAUAUCUAGAUAUGACUGAUAAAUUAAAGAAGAAACUUGAAGCAUUGUACAAGGAGAACAAAGAAUUAAGGAUACAACUAAAUCUACCUCAUAGCAGUUCAACUGAUAGCAUUAACAGUUAAAACUAACAAUUAUUAAUCAUUGUGCAGUGUCCAUUCCUAAUUGUUAUCUAUAAGGUUUUCUGCUGGGAAUAACCACCAGAGUUAAAUAACACUGUGUAAAAGUUAAAUAAAUAAAAAGUCUUUAAUGUGAGCCAGUACAGUAAGCCACUGGAAUAAUUUUUAUUAAAAUUUUCUUUGUAGUUGAGUGCUUGAAUAAAGGCAAGAUAUGAUAGCUAUAAUUGUAAAGUAUACAUUAAUCUGUACAAAUAAAACACUAUAUUAUAAUACUAAAGUGCAAUAAUAAAAUUUAACCAGAUGUAA